CUUUCUGAUCUGUUUUUGAUCUUUUUUUUGUUUCUGGUUUUGUUUGUUUAUCUGAUACUCGAAAGAGCAGUUCUAACAGCAUAAGACAAGAUAAUGGACCGCCAUGACCGCAAGCGUAGAAUGGUUUCUGUCGAGGAGCCUGCUUCGGACGAUCCGGCCUCUCGCCUUUCACUAUCCUGCAAUGCUUGCAAAGACCGAAAAGUAAAGUGCAACAGAACGCAUCCCGUUUGCGGACUAUGUCAGAGAAACGGCCUCGAAUGUCUCUACGUCGAGAAACGCAAACCAGGACUCAAACCGGGGUUCAGCAAAGACCUAGUUGAGCGUGUUGAUAAACUUGAGGAGGCCUUUGUUUCGAAUCUAGAGAUCCUGCGCGAGGUUAGGAAGAUCGAGUCGGUAGUCGCCGAGUCAGCUGCGAACCUCCGCAAUCUUGAAGCUGCUAUCGCCCCGUCUUUCGUGCAGCCAGAGGUGCUGCCUACUCAGCACCAGCAGCAGCAGCAGCAACAGAAGCAGAAUGACCUGCCUCCCUACGACGUCCUCCUCAGACUCGUCAAACUAUACAUCGACAACAUAAACUCCUGGUUUUGCAUCUUUGAUCCCCACGAGAUACUCUCUCGCGUGUUUGACAGCUCCGGUCUGCUCAACUCUGACGAUAUUAUCAUCCCGGCAAUUGUCGCCGCGACCUUACGCUUCCUACCUGCAGACGAAAUGUGUGACGCCGACAAAGACCACUUCCACACUGCCGCCUCGCAAAAGAUCAUGCUGCAGGCCCUCGAAAUCCCAACUCUCGAGUCCUUAGAAGCAAUGGUUAUCCUUGCUGUUGAUGUGGUUGGAACUUCAAAUGGUCCGAAAUGCUGGCCUAUCCUGGCAAUGAUCUGCUCGAUUGCGCUCAAACUAGGCCUCAAUCGCGACCGCCCGGCGCCUCUUUCGUCCGGCACGCUUACUCCCCAGAAUGGUGCCCAGGAGGGGAUCAACACAGCUGGAGUGCCAAUUAUUCCUGAGAGUGCAGAUGCGAUAGUAGAAGAGCGGCGACGGCGGCUGUUUUGGGGGAUUUAUCUUUUAGACCGGUACUCUGCUAUUGGAAGCUCGUUUAUGUUUGAUAUACCGUCGUCUGAAGUCCAGCGACGACUGCCGUUCCUGUCCUACAGUCCACAACAGAGCAGCAAUUUAUAUUCUUCAGAAUUUCCAUGGCUAUCAAAUAGCCACCCACCCAAAUCCAACGCGAGCACCUCAUCUACCUCCGCCAACCCCUCAAGCACCACCGACAUCCCUUCGCCGUCAUCCUCCUCGACCCCAGUCUACCUCGAACCCUUCGCCUACCAACUCGACCUUCUUGGUAUCCUCUCUGCGAUUCACGAAUUCCUCCGUCGGCAGGUGAAUAUCAACUCAAAAACCGACAGCGAGCGGUGGCAGAUCCAGUACCGGAAGUUUGUUCUUUUGCUGGAUGAGUGGAGACUUCGUCUGCCGUCUGAGUUUGCGACUACGGAGAAGGUUAUUGAGAGGUUUAGGAGUGAUGAGGAGGAUAAGCUUGAUCCGAUUUGGAUCCAUCUUCAUUCUCUUUACCAUACCACUGUUAUCCGCAUCAACUCAUCAGCAGGCUACCCUUACCGACAAUCCGCCAACUUCCAAGCCAACUCCGAAGCCCGCGCCCGCUCUCUUGCCUCUGUAUCCCAGAUCGUGAGUCUAGCAGAAUACCUCUCGACGAAGCCAUCGCGGUUCUACAAAAGCAUAGGACCGCACUACGCAUUCACACUCUGGGUUGCCGCGCGACUAUCGAUUGUGCACAGUUUUGUGACGAAGAAGAUGUUGUCGGACGAUAUCGCGACGCUGGUGAAGACGUUGGCGGGGAUUGGCGAGUAUUGGCAGGUUGCGAAACGGUACUCUGAUUUAUUGCUGUUUGUGAUUGAGGAGGGGUGGUUGAAUAAGAUGAGGGGGCAGUCGUCGGUAAAGUCAGAAAAGAGUCAGAAGGCGGAGGGGGAAGAAGAGGAGGAGGAUGAGAAGGAGAAAGCGCGGAUGGAGAGCGCAAAGAUUCUGUCAGACAUGCGUCGGAAUGCUUCUGAUCUCGAUUUCUUACUCUCGAGCAGAACUAAAAAUUCUAGCUCGAAGAAGAAUUCGGCGAAUAUUCUGUUUUAUUAUGGCGGUGUGAAUUCAGAGACUCCAGCCAGAAUGCCAUCUCCUCCGCCUGCGCCUACGUCAGAGACAGAAACAACCUCAGAGCUACCUGACCUCGGAUUAGAAGACGUAUUUGCAACCUCUCUCGACUCUUUCUCCGAAUUCAGCCCGACGCAUCAACUCGACAUGGCAAAUAUCUUUGAAUGGUUUAAUUGGCCUAAAUCGUCUGAUGCAGUGCUUGCGGAAGGAAAUGCGGACGGAAAUAGUGAGGGGCAGAAUGGGGAUUUGGGAGCGUUGGUGGCGGCGGCGGGGUUGGGUGGGGAGUUUGCAUGGAGUAGGUGAUGUCUAUGAUUAUGUAUAAGAGACGGAUGCAUUUGAAUUGAGCUGUUGUGGAAAUGCCCUACAAAUAUAAAUUCCAAAAGGAGUAAUUCGGUCGAGCGACAGCCUUUCGACAUGUAGUAGGUUCCUGUAAUUUCACAGUAUAAACCAGCUUCUCUC